AUGUCAAACUGUCCAACAGCAACAGUCUUGGCUGUCAUCAGCCUGAGCCUGAAGACCACAGUGAAAUUCCAGUGUACCCUCACAACUGUCCACAAUGUUCCUAGUACUACAGUGGGAGUCUCAAAUUCCUCCUCAGAAGGACCUCUAUCACUGUUGGAGCUGGUGGCCACACCAAACUACCCUGUGGCAGCAGGUCAAACGGUCAAACUGCACUGCAGUGCUGUCCCCAUGUGGGACAUCAGUUGGCAACACCUGGAAAAUCAGACCUGGCAAAACGUGAGCGCUGAUCUGGAUCUGACUCUCACCGAGCCACAGCAGAGUGGAUUGUACCGCUGCUGUGCUAAGAACAGGGUACAGCAGAGGAGGAUUAGCCCUAACCACACAGUCUAUAUUGUCGCCAUGCAGCCAACAGUGGGGGAGAAUUUAGGAAUAACUGCCUUCGUCCUGUCUUUGCUGGCCUUGAUUAUCAAUAUUGCCAUUCUGUUUUGGCUGGGCUGGCAAAGAUUUGGUCACAUAUUGAUCAACUCCAGCACUGCGGCUAAAGGUUUUCCCGGACCUGAAAACUCACCAACGGGAGGUUUGCCACAGACUGAAAGUGAAAGAGAUGUGUACAUAAAUUAUACAAGAACCGACCAUGCCUACACUGAUCUGGACCCUGCCAAUGUGAUUGUGGAUAACGUGUACUCGUCUCUGUCAUGA